AUGGAGAGUCCGCGGUUUACACUACUUCUGAUUCUGUUGCUGUUCAUCUUCUUCUCACCUGAUCAAACCAGCGUUCAUUACUCCACACAAGAUGACAGAGAUCGGCUCGCUGUUGAAAAGGAACAGGACUUCGAUGCCCUUACACAUUCCAAGUAUGGCGAAUUACCAUCUAAGGGUCUCAACUUGACUGGCUUACGGCUCGAGGAUGGCUAUCAGUUGCAAUUGCUACCUGUUGCACAAGAUCUAACUAGGCAACAACAGGUCGACAGCUGGUAUGGCUUUGACAGACUCGCCCCUGUCUACCACGAUAUUAAUGGCGAAGUACGAGGUGACUUUCGCUUUGUUGAGGUACAGAAGGAUCCUCAACGAUCGCUAAAUUUGACCGAGUUGGAUCCAGGCACUGAAUUCUUCCACCCACGCUUCGAUCGUAAUGUGACAGACCAGAAUGGUCAGCUGACCAUCGAGCUCAAAGAAAAAGGCACACCAUCCAGAUAUCUACCACGAGAAGUAAAGGCUAGCAUAUCCAUCUUCUCCGACUCUUCGCCAGGGAAUGGUUGGGAUGCUCGUUUGGCAGGCGUCCAUUUUCCUUCAGGUGCUAUCGUUCUUACCACCUCAAGCAGAAAAUGGAACGCGUUACCUGCUCUACCUCAUCUUACUCUGAAUCAGGAAGAAUUUGAUCGUUCCAGGAUAAUUAUGAACACCUCUCUAACCAAUAUAUGGAACACCAUCGGUCAAGGUGCUGCAGCUGACCCUUCACUCGAGGCCGCCCCAAAAUGCGAGCUGAUUGUAUGGAUGCACCAGAAGCCGCUCCUCGGUAGCAAUGUCUACAUCGAGGAGAUCGAAGAGGAGUUAAGGAACCCUGAUGGUGCUCCUAUAGGCCAGCCACCACCUAUGGCAUUCACAGCUCUGGUUUUCUCUCCCGAUUGUGGCUACAUCUUACGCGCAGAUACGGUCUUUGGUCCUAAAGCAGAAUCAUAUUCAGAUUUGGUUCGUCACUUGACUGCAGCUUUCGCCCUGAUUCUUGUGGCUCAGAUUGUCCUGCUGAAGAGGCAGAUGGAGAGGUGUGCCACACCCUCCACAAGGAGCAGGGUAUCAUAUCACACUUUUGUCAUAUCUGCUUUCAGCGACGGCCUCACUUUCUUCGCUCUCAUUGGCCUCCUGGCGGUCGAUACUUCGGUCUUCUUACUCGGUGGGGUGGCUGCUUUUUUAUGCUGCAUCCAUGUAGCAUUCCUGGAGGUAAAAUUCAUCUUCGACAUCUGGACUGUCCAGGUGGGUGACCCCGCCAAUGCAGAAAGAGAACGACAACGAAGGACUGCUGCAGCGAACUCAAAUACUCCUCCUACUGCCAACAGCACAACGACAGAGACUGCGAAUGCUCAACCACCGAGCAAUACACAGACUGAGAACAACAAUCCACCUGCGCCACCACCACCGCUCAGCGAAGCCGGUCUCCCCCUCCCCGCCACAGCACGAACCUCACCAACCCCACCACCCACCAUCAUCAACCUCCCAACCGACCCAACAAUAACCACCACAAACGACAUUGUCCCCCCACGCACAACCUUCAUCUCCCUCUACUCAAAAUUCUACUUCGCCCUCCUCAACCUCAUGUUCUUCACCCUCUGGUCCUCUUCCUGGUCCCCCACCCCCCGCCACAUCUACCACUCGCUCCUCGUCUUCGCCUUCUUCUCCCUCUGGCUCCCCCAAAUCUACCGCAACACAAUGCGCAAUUGUCGCAAGGCCCUGACCUGGGAAUACGUCCUGGGCAGCAGCGUCCUCCGCGCUGUCCCGAUCCUCUACUGGUUCCUUGACGAUCGGAACGUUCUGUAUGCGACUACGAAUCCGACAACGGCGUUGGUUCUAGGUAGUUGGCUGGUCGUGCAGAUCGUGGUGUUGGCGGUACAGCAGUUUUCUGGUCCGAGGAUUUUUGUGCCGGAUAGUUGGUGUCCGGCUGCGUAUGAUUAUCAUCCUGUUUUGUAUGAUGAUUUGGAGGCUGGGGGGUUGCCGAUUGGUGAGAUUACGUCUGCUUCGGAGGGGAAGGAUGCUGAUCGUAAGGACGGUGUGGUAUUAGCAGCAGGGGCGCGGAAGCUCUUUGAUUGUGCGAUUUGUAUGAAUGAGAUUGAUGUGCCUGUCGUAUCUAAGGAUGAGAAGAGGCAGGGAGGUGCAGUGAGUGUUUGGAUGGGUGGAUGA